AGUAACAGUUGAUUGUAAUGUCAGUGCAGUCCAAUUUACAGGCUGGAGCAGCAGCUGCAUUCUGCAUUUCCCUGAAGUAUUCCAUGACUUCCACUCCUUGCAAACUUUAUCAUCUUUGUUGCAGUGAGUCAGAAAUCAAUAUGCAGAGCAAGGGUACAAUCAUAAGCAUCCAAUUUCUCUUGCGGUUUCUUCUGCUCUGGGUGCUCAUUGGGAAGUCACACACGGAGGAAGACAUCAUAAUUACAACCAAGAAUGGAAAAGUCAGAGGGAUGAACUUGCCAGUUCUUGAUGGCACGGUGACAGCCUUUCUGGGAAUUCCCUAUGCACAGCCACCUGUUGGUAGACUUCGAUUCAAAAAGCCACAAUUCUUGACCAAGUGGUCCGAUAUUUGGAAUGCCACAAAAUAUGCAAAUUCUUGCUAUCAGAAUGCAGAUCAAAGUUUCCCAGGCUUCCCUGGAUCAGAGAUGUGGAACCCAAACACUGAUCUCAGUGAAGACUGUUUAUACCUGAAUGUGUGGAUUCCAACACCUAAACCAAAAAAUGCUACUGUAAUGAUAUGGAUCUAUGGAGGUGGUUUUCAAACCGGAACAUCAUCUUUACCUGUUUAUGAUGGCAAGUUUCUGGCUUGGGUUGAAAGAGUUAUUGUAGUUUCAAUGAACUAUAGGGUGGGUGCCCUAGGAUUCUUAGCUUUACCAGGAAAUCCUGAGAUACCAGGGAACAUGGGCUUAUUUGAUCAACAGUUGGCACUACAGUGGGUCCAAAAAAAUAUAGCAGCCUUUGGUGGAAAUCCUAAAAGCGUAACUCUCUUUGGAGAAAGUGCAGGGGCGGGUUCAGUUAGCCUUCAUUUACUUUCUCCUAGAAGCCAGCCAUUGUUUACCAGAGCCAUUCUGCAAAGUGGAUCCUCUAAUGCCCCUUGGGCAGUAAUGUCUCUGGAUGAAGCCAAGAACAGAACACUGACCUUAGCUAAAUUUAUUGGUUGCUCUAAAGAAAAUGACACAGAGAUCAUCAAAUGCCUUCGAAACAAAGAUCCCCAGGAAAUUCUACUGAAUGAACUAUUGGUUGUCCCCUCUGAUACUCUUUUAUCUGUAAACUUUGGUCCAGUCGUGGAUGGUGAUUUUCUCACUGAUAUGCCGGACACACUGCUCCAACUUGGACAGUUCAAAAAAACCCAGAUCUUGGUGGGUGUUAAUAAAGAUGAAGGGACAGCAUUUUUAGUAUAUGGUGCUCCUGGUUUCAGCAAAGAUAAUGACAGUAUCAUAACUAGAAAAGAAUUUCAAGAAGGUUUAAAAAUAUAUUUUCCAGGAGUGAGUGAAUUUGGAAGGGAAGCGAUUCUUUUUUAUUAUGUGGACUUGUUAGAUGAUCAGAGAGCUGAAAAGUACCGUGAGGCCUUGGAUGAUGUUCUUGGGGAUUACAAUAUCAUAUGCCCUGCUUUGGAGUUCACCACAAAAUUCUCAGAAUUGGGAAAUAAUGCCUUUUUCUACUAUUUUGAACACCGAUCUUCCCAACUUCCUUGGCCAGAAUGGAUGGGAGUGAUGCAUGGUUAUGAAAUUGAGUUUGUCUUUGGUUUGCCUCUGGAAAGAAGAGUUAACUACACAAGAGCUGAGGAAAUUUUGAGCAGAUCCAUCAUGAACUACUGGGCAAAUUUUGCAAAAUAUGGAAAUCCAAAUGGAACCCAGAACAACAGCACACGAUGGCCUGCCUUCAGAAGCACCGAUCAAAAAUAUUUAACCUUGAAUGCAGAGUCACCAAAAGUAUACACUAAACUACGUGCUCAACAAUGCCGAUUCUGGACACUAUUUUUUCCCAAAGUCUUGGAAAUGACAGGAAAUAUUGAUGAAGCAGAACGAGAAUGGAGAGCAGGAUUCUAUCGCUGGAACAAUUACAUGAUGGACUGGAAAAAUCAAUUUAAUGAUUAUACUAGCAAGAAAGAAAGCUGUGCAGGUCUCUAAUUAAUAGAUUUACCCUUUAUAGAAUGUUCAUUUUCCUAUAGAUCAAGGUAAAAAUAUCACUAGCUCUCUUACACACCAUGUAAGAAAGCUAUUAUACUGCUGAAAGAAAAAUGCCAGAAGGAUAAUAUCGAUUCCUCACAUCUUUCACUUAGUAUUAUACCUAGCAUUUCAAAACCCAAAUGGCUAGAAUAUGUUUAAUUAAAUUUCACAAUAUAAAGUUUGACAAUUAAUUUUAUGCAUAUUAAAAUGAUUUGUAGCUUCAAA